AUGGGUUUCUUAUUUUCAAAACUUUGGACAUUAUUCGGUGAUGAAGAACAUAAAAUAAUCAUUGUUGGCCUAGAUAAUGCUGGUAAAACAACGAUACUUUAUCAAUUUCUAAUGAACGAGGUUGUGCACACGUCGCCAACAAUUGGUUCGAAUGUCGAAGAAGUUGUUUUCAAAAACAUACGUUUUCUAAUGAUGGAUAUCGGUGGGCAAGAAUCGUUACGUUCAUCGUGGCAAACGUAUUUCGCCCACACGGAAUAUGUUAUACUUGUUGUUGAUAGUACCGAUCGUGAACGUUUGUUAAUAACUAAACAAGAACUAUUUCGUAUGCUUCAGAGUGAAGAACUACGUACAGCGUCUGUUUUGAUCUUCGCCAAUAAACAGGACAUCAAAGACGCAAUGACCUCAGCGGAAAUUUCCAAACAACUAUGCUUGACAUCCAUUAAAGAUCAAGCCUGGCAUAUACAAGCUUGUUGCGCGUUGACAGGAGAAGGCUUAUAUCAAGGAUUAGAUUGGAUUGCGUCGCGGAUAUUCAUUGUGAAAAUGCCAUCUAAAAUGGUUGUACGUGUGCGUGACGAUCUGCACAGAAGAAAUGCUGAUGGUAUUGAAUAUGAUCUAUGGCGUCGGGAGAACGAUUCUACUCGUGUUAAAAUCAAACACGAUACGAUAACAAAUGAGCAUCCUGAGGUAGUUCUACAUGCAAACAAUGAAGACGAACUUGGUAAUUUUGAAAUAGUUCUCUUCGUCAAAGAUUAUUUUGAACGUUUCGAUGAAAAUAUCAACGUGCGAGAUAGUCGAUUUAACAUCUCGUUUGGUAUGAACGCAAUCAAUACGGAAGAACAACUGAGUAUUUAUAUUAAACCCGACAGUUAUACAUGUACUCUUUAG